AUGGAGUCUUGCCAUGUUACUCGGACAGCAGGUUGGUUACCUCCAGUGGAAGCUUGGAAAACUGGGGAGGACGCUUUGCCUUAUGGUUGGGAAAGAGCGCUAGAUGACUCAGGAAGAACUUAUUAUAUCAACCAUGUCAACAAAACAACAACGUACGAGACUCCAGUAAUAAAAAAUCUAGAACCAGCUCCUAGGCCUGAACCAAGGGCGGUCACUCUGGAAAGGUCACCAGUCUUAGGCUUCGGAUUUGUGGCAGGUUCCGAAAAACCCGUCAUUGUUAGAUUUGUAACUGAAGGAGGACCCAGUGUUGAUAAGUUGCUGCCCGGUGACCAAAUCCUGUCUGUGAACGGCGAAGACGUCAAGUCGGCGCCCAGGGAGCACGUGAUUUCCUUGGUGCGAGCCUGUUCGAAGACUGUGAAUUUGGUGGUGUGCCAGCCGGCGGAACAGCAGGGCGCUAGAAAAUCAACCCUGCUGUCGGCCAGCAAGAGGGCGAGACUUAAAAGCAAACCAUCUAGGGUCAGAUUCGCUGAGAGUGUGUGCGUGAAUGGGGCGCCCCUUUUUCCACCGUCCGCAUUUUCGUUGGGCGACAUGUGCGUCCCUCCUAUGGCCAACGUGCUGAAAGUGUUCCUGGAGAACGGCCAAACGAAGUCCUUCAAGUAUGACGCAUGGACUACCGUGCAAGACGUCGUCACGUCUCUCGAGACUAAACUCUGCUUGCAAGCCACCGAACACUUCAGCCUCGUGGUGGAACAUAUCAAGUCCUUGAAGAGGAACAAACUGACGUUGCUGGAUCCCCAGGACACCUUGGCGAGGAUAGCAUCUCGUCCGGGUGCUCACAAGCUGAGGUGUCUAUUCAGGGUGGCGUUCGUACCCGCAUCGGCAGCUGCACUUGCUCAAAGAGAUCUCCACGCCUUAGACUAUCUUUACACCCAGUGCUGCAAUGACGUGAUACAAGAAAGGUUCGCCCCUGAACUUCAAUACGAGACGGCACUCCGCCUAUCGGCCCUGCAUAUUUAUCAGCACGCCUUGGUUAAUAAUAUCCCAGCUGCGAAGCUGACGGUCAAAACUGUAGAGCGGGAAUUUGGUUUGGAACGAUUUGUACCGGCUUCUCUUUUGGAAACUAUGAAGAGGAAAGAAAUUCGAAAACUUGUAGGUCACUUUCUGAAACUACACGCCAGCAUGGCAGGUCCCGGCAAGCAACUAACUGCGCUGCAAGCAAAACUGCACUAUCUAGAUAUAGUAAGUCAACUACCAAGCUAUGGAGCUAAAUGUUUUUCUGCCGGACCACGAGGCGAUACUAUGGAACGGGUUAUCUUGGUUAGUCCGAAAUUUGGAAUUAGCCAAAUAACUGGCACUAGGAGUUCAGUGGUAAAUAUAAAUAAUUGUCUUGUAUCAAAUGCACGAAAUAAUUUAUCAGUUCAGCCGGUGCCAAUCGCGAAUAUCGAAGACAUGCGUAGGAUAGAAGUCAGAAGUGAGGACGAAGUUAGUCGGACGGUGCUAAUACGACUACAGAAUGACAAAGUUGUUUCGAUAUCUUUAGAGGAACGUGACGCGAGCGAAUUGGUUUUGGUAUUGAGGGGGUACUUUAAACUUGAAACAGGUCAAAAUUUACCGGUAGAUCAGGAAGAGGCCCCUCCCAUGGAAGAUUUAGCGCCACCGUAUUUGUCACAACAUAAAGUGGUACCAGAGAAAUGGAGUUACAUUAAUCCAAGCUCCAUGAAAAACGUUUGCUUUGCGAUGCAACCGAUGUAUAAGGGAAUUAACAAGAAAACAAAUGGUUUAUACAAUACAGUGGGGCGACAAUCAAAACCACCCUUAGUGCUUGGCUACAGUUUAGAUAGUAAUAUGAAUAGCUCACUGUCCAAUAGGAACCAUCAGUUUAACAGUUUCGAUAAUAAUUCUAUUGACUUUCAGAGUGUCGUUUCUAUGGAGAUCCUAGAAAAUGGGAUUAUUGAGGCUAAAAAUGAUGAGGUUUUAAGACGCGUUCACGAAAUGCACCAACUUGUGGAAAAUUCGGAAAAGUAUUUAACCGAACAGGAAAAUUUAGAGAGGCUAAAUGCAUUAUCAGAGUGGCAAGAAACGAGUGUAGAUAUAGAAAGUGAUUCUGACGAACCAGGACAGUUAAAACACAGCGAUUCUUUGUUGCUUUUGACAAAAGGUCAUAAUUCGGAAAGGCGGCAUUCCUUUAGCAAUGCAACUAUAGAAUUACUGCGUCAAGAAACUACUUGUUCGGAGAGCGACAAUGAUUCCAUCUACACUCCACAAAAUUCUCCAAAACAUAAACAAAUCACUGAAGAUAGUAGAAAUAAUAGGAUAAGUUUUGGUUUACGCAGCCCUGAUAAUAAUACAGAUAAGGAACAAGACUUCCAAGCUUAUCUUCAACAUUUACGAGAUGUUAAGAACAACGGUGAAAAUAUGUCUGCAGAUUUGGACUCCAUUAAUGACAUUUACGUUUUUGACCCAGAUAUUAUAGAUUUAACAAUGAUUCCACCACCAAGCACGCCAGAUGAAUUAGACUGUGCCUUACCAACACCUAUAAACGUGCCACCCAGGUCUUUUGCGGACUCUGUAGAUAAACUGAACAGAUUAGAUAUAUUAAAUGAGGACCAAGACCUUGAAGAAUUCCUAGCCAGUGUAACAGUACAUCCGCCAACUCAAAAAGUAACUCCAGCUGUAGAACUGACGCCAGAAGAAAUAAUGGCAUAUAUUAUUCCUCCACCACCUAGCCGCGGUAGUUUAGAAAAUCUAGUAAUGUCAGAAGCUGAACGUUGUACUGAGAGCCUGCCGACGGCUAUCGAAAGUAAUGGUGAUAUUAACAAAAAUUCUAAUGGAGUUAGACGAAGAAGUAGCAAUGGUAGUGUACAUUCAAAUAUUAUAGAAUAUGCGACUGUCGAUCGCAAAGGUGCUUUUUCCUGUUGUGCGAAAAAUAAGACUGAGAAAUCUGUGAAAAUUGAUGAGAAUAUUCAACCACUUCCGAGGAGAAGCUCUGAUGAAAAACCACCAGAAAGACCACCCAAAAAUGUAGCUCAGGAAAGACAAAGAUCGCAAUCCUUAACAUCAAAUGCACACAUUGCAUCAAGUACUGAGUAUCCACCGAAACUACCUCCAAGGGGUGAAAACAAUCACCAGGCACCAGCUCAUUUAUUUUUACCCCCCAAGAAGCCUCCUUUGCCUCCAGUGCCUCCUUUAGAGGUUCUCAGACAGAAGAAAAAUAUACAGCAGGGUAAGCCGUGUCCUGACUUAAGAACGGCCAGUAUUGGUUCUCCACAUCUUCAGAGGACUCGAAAUGUUUCAAACGAUUUAGAAGUAACUGAAAAUGGGGACAAUGGUUUGUCCCUGAAACACGCUACUGCAGUUAGUACACCGACUUCCCCUCACUUAGGAAGGGGAGCUCACCUAACAGCUGUUCCAGUCACAAUCGAUUCUCCCGGUGCUCCCAAUCUAUCAAACAAUCACCAACAGAGAUCUCCAACAUCACGAUCACCUAUAUACGUUCAAAAUCUGCCGGAAUCUUCUCCCAUCCACGACAGAUUUAGGAAUUCACACCGAGAGCAAGUACAUCAAGUGUUUGGCAACUGUCAAAUUCGAAAUGGAUGUACUUCCAACAGAGAAAAUCUACUGGCGAAAACUGAUGUAGCCAUGGCCAGUUUGUUGGUCAGAUUGGAUCAGGUUGCCGCUCAGUGUAGUGCCGCUCAGGUUCAUGGAGGAGGUAGAUUCAUAAGUGAGGAGAAGUUUCAAGCGGCAAAAGACGAGCUAACUACUCAGUCCCUUCAACUUGUAACAUCCAGUAAGAUGUUAGUGAUAGCCAUGUCUGAUCCUAAUCUUCCCGAUCUACCGGAAAACUUAGCAAUUUGUCUGACAAUAUUGAGGAGAUUAACAGAACUAUGCCAGGACUUGACAAACCAUACAACGGCACCAUUGCAGACGAGGAACCUGAUUCUAAAAGUCCAUGAUGUUACUGCUGCAUUCCGACACCUUAUAACCUCAGAUAUAGACAGAAGUUCUCAGAAAGCCAUUGAGGAACAUCUGGCUGCUCAAGCUGAAUGUUUAGCGAAUGUUUUAGCGACAUUGUUGAGAAGUUUAAGGGUAUUUUCCCCUUAGGUAAAUAAGGAUUGUUUGUGUUAUACUUUUAUUUUGAUUAAUCACCCGAUUUUUAAAUAUGAACUUUGUUUUCACCAGGUAAGUGAAACGGCAUUAUGGUUUUCAGAAUAUUCAGGAUUAUCAUUUGAUAUGUACCUUUUUAUGUUUGUUUCUAGUCAUUUGUUAGCUUUUUAAGUUUUAGGCACAAUCAAAUAUAAUGACCAAAUAUUAUUAAAAACGCAAUAUAUGUAUAUUUAAAAUAAGUCUGAAGUUGUUAAAUACUCCUUAACUAUGUGAUAUUGUAUUAUAUCAUUUAGUCAGUUUGACUUUGAAAGUAAUGAAAUGAAUUAAUGAGAAAGGCGGUUCAGUCAUAUGAGGAAAUCUGUCCAAUAAUCAUAUGUUAUUGUGUGAUGAUUUUUAUUGAGUAUUAAUCACUAUUAAUUACAUCUAGACUACUAGUCAGAAAUUAGUACAAUAACCAUAGUAGAACAUCUUUUAAGUUACCCCCAAGCCAAUGUUUUAAAUAUUCACCCCUUUCAAAGAAUCUACCGUGUACAUAUAUUUAUAUUAUUUGUUGAAAAUGUUGGUUAAAUGUUAAACAAUUAUAUUUCUUGUUAUUUUGUGGUACUUUUAGGGAACGUUUCAGAAUUCCGCUGAUUCUUUUCAAUUCCAAUAAAAAUUACUAGGUAUUUAAAGGAAGCGCAAUAUCUUGAUGAAUCUGAAAUUUAUAUUAAUUUAUGAAAUUGUUUAUUUAUUAACAUGUAACAUUACUGUAACAUAUCUUAUGUAUGUAA